CUCUGCGGAUUGCAUCGGUGUGCGGCGGCGGGGCAUGCCCAGGGCACCGGGCGCGGCCUUCAAUGGGCGAGGACACGGACACGCGGAAAAUUAACCACAGCUUCCUGCGGGACCACAGCUAUGUGACUGAAGGUAACGUACGUGUUGUCUGAGACCCCCUCCGGCCGGUCGCCGCGUGGGCAUGCCGUCGCACCGAAUGCCCUCCGAAGCUGACAUCAUCUCCACUGUUGAGUUCAACCAUACUGGGGAGCUGCUGGCCACAGGCGACAAGGGUGGCCGGGUGGUCAUCUUCCAACGGGAACCAGAGAGUAAGAACGCUCCUCACAGCCAGGGUGAGUACGAUGUGUACAGCACUUUCCAGAGCCACGAGCCAGAAUUCGACUAUCUGAAGAGUCUGGAGAUAGAGGAGAAGAUCAAUAAGAUCAAAUGGCUCCCGCAGCAGAACGCCGCACACUCACUGCUGUCCACCAACGAUAAAACUAUAAAACUAUGGAAGAUUACUGAGCGGGACAAGAGGCCCGAGGGGUACAACCUCAAAGAUGAGGAGGGAAAGCUCAAAGACCUCUCCACAGUGACGUCACUGCAGGUGCCUGUGCUGAAGCCCAUGGACCUGAUGGUGGAGGUCAGCCCCAGGAGGAUCUUCGCCAAUGGCCACACCUACCAUAUCAACUCCAUCUCUGUCAACAGUGACUGUGAGACGUACAUGUCGGCAGAUGACCUACGCAUCAACCUCUGGCACCUGGCCAUCACUGACAGGAGCUUCAAUAUUGUGGACAUCAAGCCAGCCAACAUGGAGGACCUCACCGAGGUGAUCACAGCAUCUGAGUUCCACCCCCACCACUGCAACCUCUUUGUCUACAGUAGCAGCAAGGGCUCUCUGCGGCUCUGCGACAUGCGGGCUGCCGCCCUGUGUGACAAGCACUCCAAGCUCUUUGAAGAGCCCGAGGACCCCAGCAACCGCUCCUUCUUCUCAGAGAUCAUCUCUUCGGUGUCCGACGUGAAGUUCAGCCACAGUGGCCGUUACAUGCUCACGAGGGAUUACCUCACGGUCAAGGUCUGGGAUCUGAACAUGGAGGCAAGACCCAUAGAGACCUACCAGGUCCAUGACUACCUUCGGAGCAAGCUCUGCUCCCUGUAUGAGAGUGACUGCAUCUUUGACAAGUUUGAGUGUGCCUGGAAUGGGAGUGACAGCGUCAUCAUGACGGGGGCCUACAACAACUUCUUCCGCAUGUUUGACCGCAAUACUAAGAGGGACGUGACGCUGGAGGCCUCGAGGGAGAGCAGUAAGCCCAGGGCUGUGCUCAAGCCACGGCGGGUGUGCGUGGGUGGCAAGCGACGACGUGAUGACAUCAGUGUGGAUAGCUUGGACUUCACCAAGAAGAUCCUGCACACAGCCUGGCAUCCAGCCGAGAAUAUCAUCGCCAUUGCGGCCACCAACAACCUUUACAUCUUCCAGGACAAGGUCAACUCUGACAUGCACUAGCCAGCCUCAGCCGCCCCUCCAAAGGAGGGCAGGAUGAGCCCAGGUGGCCACUGUGGGGACACAGUUCCCUCAGCUGGAGUCGUCUUGGGUGGCCAUUGCCAGUUUAAACAAAGGAGAUGAUGAAUCCUCAAUCACGAGCGAUAAAACGAAUGUGCCUGGCGGCCUUGAUCCAGGGUUUUUUCAUUCGUGGCCCUCCCUAUCUCGGUUGGGGCAUCUCUAUAUUAUCAGGACUUUCUCCAUGUUCAGGUUGAUUUUCCGUCCAGCAGGUCCUAUCAGGGAAAGCUGAGCUGGUCCCCAUCGGACUCCAGAGAUGAAGAGUGACGCUCACAAGCCAGCCAGGGUCUGUGGAUCCUAAAGGCAGCCAGCCACACGUCCUGGCUGAGAGCUGCCAGAUCAUGCCGGAUUUUGGAUGAGUCUCAGUGAACAUUGGCAGUGGCAGAUUUUUGCUUGAGGAUCUGGGGCAUCUUUCAGUAUCCCAGGUCUUGGGCCAGGGCAGAUUCUGAGAGGCAGGGCUAGGGUCCUGGGGUGGAUCCUGACAGGCAGGGCUGAAAUUCUGGGAUAGAACCUGACAGGACUGGGAUUUUGGGGGUAGAUUCCUGAUAGGCAGGACCGUCCUGGGGUGGAUCCUGACAGGCAGAUCUGGGGUCCUGGAGUGGACCCUGACAGGCGGGGUUGGGGUCCUCAUGUAGCUGUUCUAGACUGGGCAGGUCCUAAGAGGCAGGGCUAGGGUCUUGGGGGUGUAUCUUGAUAAGUAGGGCUGGGGACCCUGUGUGGCAUGGCCCUCCUUUACUGCCCUCCUUGUGAGUGCCCACUGCAUGCUGGGUGUGGUGCUCAGCCUGCAGGGGCUGUUGCCAGAUCCCUGCAGCCUGCUCUCCCCUAUCACUCUUCCACACUUGCUAGGCAUCUUCCUACGGCUGAUACUGGGUUCUUCCAGGGACUGUAGCAUCAUCAUGCUUGUGAAGUGGGUGCACACACAUCCCCAUGCCAAGAGCCAGACACUUGGAGGCUGGGGCAAAGGUGUAUCAUUACCAUUGCCUUUGACACAGGAAGAAGCCAAGGCUCGGAGCAGAGAAACAGGGCGUCCACGGAUUCACACCCCAAGGUCUGAGCCCAGACAGGACUUGCCGCAGGCUCUUUCCAGCUUACCACAUUGGUGGUUGAUAUUCAAGCAACAUUCAAAUGGAAGGUUCUGGAAGGGAAAUGGAAGCAGAGCAAGUACACUGGGGACAAGAUGGCACAAGAAUAGCAGGAGAGAAGAUGGGGAAGGGCCUCGGUAGUUCCUGCUCUGCUUGGUGGCGUCAGGGCGGGAUACGCUCACACUGCAUCGGCCCUGCAGCUCCCUCACACGUAGCUGCUUCUCAAGGAGGUUACAUGCUGCCACACAGCCCCAGAGGACAGUCACUGAGCCGUCCCCAGGGCCAUGGAUCAGUGGAAUUCUGUAGUGACUCCUCCUGUUCCUUCCAUCCUGGUGCCUGGAAUUGCAGAGCCACAGGCCUCAGCAUUUUGACUCCAGAAUCAAAGAGCAGGAGGCCCUGCCGAAGCCAACUUUAUUUAUUUAGGUUUUAUAUGGAUCAUCACCCAGGAAACAGAUGCAACAGAGCUUUUACUCAGUGGAUUACGGUAUACUUGCGUGUGUCAAAGCACAAACCGCAUGCACACUCACUUCCGGCCAUAUAUUUACACAGAAAAUGGGUCCAUUGUGUUUUCUUUUUGAUCAAUGUGAAUGAAGAAUGUUUGUUUAUAUAUCUCUGUAAAAUGCAGACGCUCUAGACAGACAGCAUUGUACGCAUACAUCCACUCUGAUUAAAGUGAGCAAUCUAAAGAUCGAGUGAUGUCCCCCCCCUUUGUAGAGAGGUUUGAGAACAUGGCCAGUUGUAUAGAAAUCUGGUUGAAGCCAAAAUCCAGGUCUGAGGGCCUUACACACUUGCCUGGAUCUUUGGCUUACCCAUCUGCCUUUGCAGUUCAGGUGUUACGAGUGGAAACGCCUCGGGAGCUAGACAUUGCUGUCAAAUCACAGGUUUCAUGUUUACCAUCUUCAAAGUCCAAAUCUAACAUCAUCUUCAACAGGGGGAUCUUCCACAUGCUCCCUAGCUCUAGACUUCUGUUUUUAAACCUUGGGUACCAAAGCAAAGAGACAAGAGAGACAGAAGAUAUUCUUAGAAGAAAAGCAUGUCUUUGGAUUCCUGGGAAACCACCAGGCCAAGAGUGGACAGAGAAUACUCAAGUGUGUGUUGAUUGAAUAAAAGGUGCAGAGGGGGGAGGGGCGGUGUGAGAAAUGGCGGAAGGACCAGAGCCAUGUCACAGACUUUGCAGCCUUAUUCUGCCUAAGUUCUCUGGUCUCCUCGAAUGUAUGACAUUUUCCCAUUGUUGUGUGACAUUGUUGGGGUUUUGGGUUUUUUCUCUCCCGGUUUGAUUCUUCUCCGAGGUCAAAGCCCUCAAAGGGUGUUGGGUCCAUACCUGCUGGUGAUAUAGUGGGGCCGAUCAUUUGGGGUUCUGUGACUCAUAGGUGCAUUUUUCUUCGGUGUCUCACAAAUUAUCCAACUGUUGAAUAAAAUUAUAAAUAUGUUAAUACCAGCUUUUUCCAAUAAAAUAACAAA